AAAAAGUUCGGAAAACAAAUGGCGUGAAAACAAGAAGUGGGCGUUUUGUCUCAAAAUAUUUAUUGACGAAAUUACUUGUCAUGUGGAACUCAUAAGCUUCAAAAGCUUAUUGUAAAGCGCACAAUGAGCUCUUCUGUCCACUCUGACUUUUUAGGCAGUUUUUCGGAUGAGGAAAAUGAUUUAUUUGGAUGUGAAGGAGACGCUCCGCCAUCACCAAUACAAGAAAUUACACACGAGGGAAGUCUUUCAAAAUGGACAAAUUACCUUCACGGGUGGCAGUCACGUUUCUUAGUUUUAAGGGAUGGCACACUGUCCUAUUAUAAGUCUGCAUAUGAUACUGGUUAUGGCUGCAGGGGCUCUGUCAGUGUUGCAAAAGCAGCUAUUGAGGUUCAUGAAUUUGAUAAUUGUCGAUUUGAUGUUAACGUUGGUGAUUGUGUAUAUUAUCUUCGGGCUACUGAUUCUGAAGAAAGACAAAAUUGGGUGGAUAUUUUGGAGGCUGCGAAGCAGGCGGAAUCAGGUUAUGGUUCAGAUCCCCAUUUGCCUAAAGCUGUGUCUUCACUGUCGUUAUCUUCACAACCUAGUUUACAAUCUUCUUCAUCAUUUCAGAAAACUGCAGGUUUACGCGAAAAACUUUUGGAAAUGGAAACAUUUAAAGAUAUUUUAUGUCGGCAAACAGAUACAUUACAAUCGUAUUUUGAUUCAUGCGCCAAUAAAAAUAAUGGCUUAGACGUGCAUCAACAUUUAGACUUGAGAGACGAACAAGAGGAAGAUGUUGAUGGUAGUGAACUCUCUGCAACUCCUACACCUUCCAAUAUUUCUUUGAUGCAAUCUUCUGCGCUUGGCAUUGAUUUUCGUGGUGAAGCUAUUACAUUUAAAGCAACUACAGCUGGCGUUAUUCAAGUAUUAUCACAUUGCAUAGAACUGAUGACAAAAAGAGAAGAACAAUGGAAGCGCAGGAUGGAAAGGGAAAAAGAAAAAGUAAAGAAGUUAUCAGAACAGCUACAUGAAUUACAAGAAGAGAAAAAAAUCAACAAUGCAAAUCAAUUUCUUGGCGGUCCUGAUUUUAUGGAAGGACCACACAGCAAAUUAAAUGAAGAAUUAUUUUUUGAUGCUGUAGAGACUGCUCUUGAUGAGGAAGAUGAAAAUGAGGACAGUAUGGAUAAUAUCGACAAAGAACAUAUUCCACCAGUAAAACCAACUUCUGAAAUAAUGAAUAUGCCAAAACACAGAUUAUCUAAAGAAGUUGAAGCUAAAGUUCGAGAUAACUUAAAUCUUGUAAAAGAAAGAGUGGACCAAGAAAAUUCAGAGUGGUACAAUGUUCAUGAAGAAGGAGACCUCAAAGUUUACAGAAAAGAUUUUGAGAUUGAAGGAAUUGUUUGUGAUCCAUUAAAGGCUUCACAUAUUAUUCAUGGAGUUACUGGUCAUGAGAUGUGUCACUAUUUUUACGAUAAAGAAGUGAGACUGGAAUGGGAAGGAACUGUUGAGAAAGUAAAACAAAUUGAGAAACUUGCAGAGAACACUAUAAUAUUCCAGCAAAUUCAUAAACGCAUCUGGCCAUCUGCACAGCGUGACACUUGUUUUAUUUCACAUAUACGUCAACUUGGUAAAGAAGAUCUUGAUCGGAUGGAUAAAGAAAUUGGAAAUGCAUGGAUAGUUUUAAAUAUGCCAACUGAGCACGAUGCAGUAAAGAGUGAUAAAUAUGUUCGUGCAUUAGCUAAUGUUAUUAUGGUUUGCCAGACAUUUGCGGUAGGCGAUGUUAAGAAGAAGAAAUAUACAAGAGAAAAUGUGGCAUGCAAACUAACAUAUAUGGCUCAAGUGAAUCCUGGAGGUUGGGCACCAGCUUCAGUUGUUCGUCAGGUGUCGAAACGAGAAUACCCAAAAUUUUUACAUAAAUUUAGCAGUUUUGUUCAAAAUGUUACUAAAGACAAACCAUUGAUGCUUUAGCAGGACGUGUCAUUGAUGAUAAUGGUCAUCACAAAAUAUUUGUCAAUGACGAGGACAAAAUCUGUUACUGAACGUUACUCUUUGAUAAUUCAGAUGGAACUUACAAUAACCCUACUGUCAUUUAUUGGAACAAACAAGAAUUGAGAUAAACAUUAUAAUUUUGCAUCUACAUAAAAUCUUUGUUGGAAAAUGGUAAUUAAAGAACUUAUCUGAUAAUUUGAGACCAAAAAUUAUUUCUAACGUUUUUACUGAAUUUGUAUUGUUAAUUUACAUUGCCUCAGUAAAAAAAACAAGAUGCACAAAUAAUUCAGCUAGAUACCUUGAGAUUAUUUAACUCUUGUAUUGACGCAAUAAUGUCCUGCUUUAUACUUCAAGUUAUUGAUACUGCUUUUGCUGGUGACAAUAUGAUCUGGUGCAUUUUAUGCUUCGAACAUCAGAGGCUACAAUCCUGAACAAAAUACAUUGACGCAAAAUGGCCAAUUUUAACACUAAUUUCUACAAGUAAUUAUACAGGCUUUUCCCACAAUAGAUUCAUAUUAAUAUGUAUUGUCAAAGUUCAAUUGUUAAUGUUAUUAUUGUUCCCACCUUUUUUCCACCUUACACGUCCUUUGUGGAAGCUGAUGUGGAUUAUCUUGUAAAAUAGACAUGUUAGAAAGUGUGUUUUUUAGCCUAGGCAUCUAAAAAAGUAGCACACGUUCUGGCCGUAAAGAAUUUACAAGUUAAUCCAUUUUUCGGACUGCCAUUGUCUCAAUAUUUUGGUUAGAGGUUGUAGAUAACGUGUUUUUGUUCUUUAUUUGAGCAUCUUGUUUUUCUAGUUAUUAUAUAUGUUCAUCCUCUUUUUAUUUGAAGAUAAAUCUUAAAAAUUAUUUUAUACUUUACAUUUUAGUAGUUAUAGUUAGAUCUAAUAAAUAUAAGAUGUAAAUACUAUAUAAAUGACAAAAUAUCAUUUUGAAAAAUAUUUUUUAAAAAUUUAAAUGACAAGGUGUGUUUGUAGGUAGAUAGAGAUCUUGCCAUGGACAAUAUUAUUGUUACUAUUCACUAUGAAAUAUGUAAAUAUAGUUACGUUUCAUGUAGUGUUAUUCUUUGUUUUCGGUGCGGUAAAGGCUGACUUACACUAUCUGUUUCUUUAAAAAAUAAGAUAAUACCUGAUUUACACUUUAUUGGUACAAUCGACGAAUUUAUUUUUUCUGAUUGUAAUAUUAUAUUUAGGUACACUACUUUUUUUUGCAUAUGUACCACUAGCCUAAGAUUUUAGAGAUCAGUUAAAUGUCACCCUGAGCCAAAUAUGUUAAUAUAAUGCCGGAUUUUUAA